GUGGCAUGCAUUCAUUGGUUUGCUUGCGUUUUGCAAAGUGCCGAAGUUUCGGAGACAGCGAAAGCCCGUAACACAGCCCGAGUGGAAGGUCCUUGCCUUAGCAGCUCGCCGUAGUAAUUUAAUACAGUAGCGCUUGUUCGUGCGUGUGUGCAGUGCAGUUUUUUUGUUUCGAAGAGUUUCGAAAGAUCCCUGAAUCCCCUCGGUACCAGUCACGACCGUGUGUGUGUCCAGCGAUCUCUAAUCCCAGCUAUAGCGAAAUCCUACCGCCAGGAGUCGCUAUUUGGAACAUUCCCACAAAACACCGCGAAAAGCGCUAAGCAUUAAUUAGACGGCACGAACUGCCCGCUCGAAGUCGCUCCGAAACAGGAAGUAGCAGUUUCUACAAACACAAAAAAAAGGCUACAACAGCAGUCAGUUGCAAAUUUUACAAACGUUCUUAACACCAACCUUACAAAGCACCAAAUAUAAUGAUGGCCGUCGCUGCUGCCCAGAAGAACCGUGAAAUGUUCGCGAUCAAGAAAUCAUACAGCAUUGAGAACGGAUACCCAUCCCGGCGCCGUUCUCUGGUCGACGAUGCCCGCUUUGAGACGAUUGUGGUCAAGCAAACCAAACAAACCGUUCUGGACGAGGCCCGCGCAAAGGCCAACGACUCUAGCUUGGAGUGUACCAUUCUGCAGGCCCAAGAACAGCAUCAACAAGAAGACAAAAUUCCACAAGAGGUUCAACAGACAGUCGAGGAUCAGAACGAUGACGAAGAGGAAAUUCGAAUGGUCGCAGUUGAUGAGCUACCCCAGAAGCCGCAGGAACACGUUCCAAGUGCCGACGAUGAGGACAAGGAAACAGACGCUGGGCUAACGGAGGAGGAAGUUGUACUGCAGAAUGCCGCCUCGGAGUCGCCCGAAGCCGAAAAGGAGGUGGUCCGUGCCGCCGUGGUCGUACGGCUGCGCGACGGCAUGGGAUCGCUCGGACGCAUCCUCAAGGCGGUGGAGGCGUACCACGGCACCGUGGUACACCUGGAGUCGCGCCAGUCCCGCAGCGAGGGCGUCCAGUUCGACGUCCUGGUGAAGGUCGACAUGGCCCGCGCCAACCUGCUGCAGCUGAUCCGCUCCCUGCGCCAGACGCAGUCCUUCGGCAGCGUCAGCCUGCUGUCGGAGAACAACGUCAACGUGAAGGCGCCCUGGUUCCCGAAGCACGCCUCGGAGCUGGACAACUGCAACCAUCUGAUGACCAAGUACGAGCCGGACCUUGACAUGAACCAUCCCGGUUUCGCAGACCAGGUGUACCGCGCUCGUCGCAAGGAGAUUGCCGAGAUUGCAUUCGCCUACCGAUAUGGAGAUCCGAUCCCGCACAUUGACUACACCGAGACGGAAAACAAGACCUGGGCGGCCGUGUUCGGGCGCGUGAAGGAGCUGAUGGUGCAGCACGCCUGCUCGGAGUACAUUGCCGUGUUCCGCAAGCUCGAGGACGAGAAGAUCUUCGUGAAGGAGCGCCUGCCCCAGCUGCAGGAAAUGAGCGACUUCCUGCGCAAGAACACCGGAUUCACGCUCCGGCCGGCCGCCGGUCUGCUGACCGCUCGCGACUUCCUUGCCUCGCUGGCGUUCCGCAUCUUCCAGAGCACGCAGUACGUGCGACACAUCAACUCGCCCUACCACACGCCGGAACCCGAUUGCAUCCACGAGCUGCUCGGUCACAUGCCGCUGCUCGCCGACCCGAGCUUCGCCCAGUUCUCGCAAGAAAUCGGAUUAGCCUCGCUCGGUGCCUCGGAUGAGGAAAUUGAAAAGCUCUCGACGGUAUACUGGUUCACGGUUGAGUUUGGGCUGUGCAAGGAAAAGGACGAGGUGAAGGCGUACGGUGCCGGGCUGCUGUCCGCCUACGGCGAGCUGCUGCACGCCAUCAGCGACAAGCCGGAGCACCGGCCGUUCGAGCCUGCCUCGACCGCCGUGCAGCCGUACCAGGACCAGGAGUACCAGCCGAUCUACUACGUCGCGGAGAGCUUCGAGGACGCGAAGGAGAAGUUCCGCCGCUGGGUCUCGACCAUGUCCCGGCCGUUCGAGGUGCGCUUCAACCCGCACACCGAGCGGGUGGAGGUGCUCGACUCGGUCGACAAGCUGGAGACGCUCGUGUCGCAGCUCAACACGGAGGUGCUGCACCUGACCAACGCCAUCGCCAAGCUGAAGCAACCGUUCUGCUAAGGUUGCCCACGCCUUGCUGUCUACGCGCACCAACACCCUUCCGUCUCACUCCCAAAAAAACCUUAAGCAGCAGCAGCAUGUGAUCUGAUGCGUGUGCGAACGUAUGCGUGUGUAUGUGUGUGUGUGAGAGAGAGAGCGAACGAGCGAGCGAGUCGGAGCGAGUGAGAGAGAGAAGCGAGACACUUUUAAAAAGCAAAUCACAAACGGGAAGAAAAUAUGUCUUGAUCGACAAAAGGACAAUAGGCGUAUGCCUCCUCUUACAACGAUGUCCUGGUCCCAAACCCCUGGUGACGCGUCCUGGAUGACGCCCAGCAAGCGAGGAAAGGAUAAGCAUAGGAGGGGGUCACGUUAGCUCUCGCCAUCCUGCGGACUACGCUGAAAACACGAUGUAUACUAUAUCCGCUACUACCCAACAACAACUACAUCACUACUACUACUAUUACUACUACUACUACGGAGCAGUAUUCUACAAGCAAAUCGCAACCCCCACUCGCAAAAAGGGACGGUCGCUCGAUUCCCUGGGUGUGUGUGUGUGUGUGUGAGUUUUAUUUUACUACGUUUACUACACCCCAAGCGCACACUAGCACCUCCUUUUUAAACGUAUGAUCAUCAUACGAUCGAACCGAACCGACCCACAACGAUCAUCCUUAGUACCGGAGGAACAUUGUACAAAAAGCUGAGCGAUGUGACGAUGCGGCGCUUCGUAUUGUCCGGAAAAUAUGGACCACCCCAUCGCCACUAGGGUCGAGAGCGCACCCUACAGGAGUAUCCAGCUCCAACGAACAAAAACAAAAAAAAAAAACGAAAACCAACAACACCGCCACAGCUGUACAGCUUCGGUAUUCGAAGCUUGCGUGUAGCCCUCGCAAACGAAGUGAACGAAGGAAAGGAACAAUCCCCUUUUGGGAGGACCGAACGGCAGAAGUAAACGGCAAAUUUCAUCGCAAUAACAUCGCCACAAUCCCUCCCCCAAACUGUAACACCAACAGAGAAGAAAAGAUUCCUCAGACCGACGACUCGAUUCGGUAGUGUCGAGUGGUGUGCAGCUCGAGUUCGCUCGUGUUCGUGUACUGAGCGUUUCCUCGUUCCCGUCGGCUUCCUCGACGAACAAACAUAGCAAACCGGACACCGUAACGCAGAAGCGUUACGGGGGUGGUUCGCGUAGCGUAACGUUUUCAGUAUUUUUUUGCUAAAACAAAAACAAACGGCACGGACGACACACAAAACACACUGGAUGGCUGUCAGCCUGAACUUCUAGUAAGGAUGAGCAGGUGACACACCUACCCUUGUCCCACCCAUCCAACAACAGUCCGUUUCCUUCCGCCCGUUCCUUCCCCACCAAAUUACCGUUCCCUUUUUUUUCGUUAUUGCGAGCCGAUGUGCAAUUUCCCCCAUGAAGAUCGUGAGAGAGAGUAUGAUCUCUUUACCAGUUCCUUUCCCUAUAUCCCACAACCCAUACCCCAAUUCCCUAGCUCCCCAACCCAACCAAGUUAUGUGUACGUCCUGUCAAAAACGUAAGCGUAGAAAGAGUAUUGUUUUUUGAAGAGAGCAUAUUUUUUUUUAUUUAAAAGUAUUCUUAGUAUUGUAUACUAUUUAAAGUUUAGUGUUUAACGGUUAAAUUAUUCACUUGACUUGAUGCGGAGAGAUACUUUGUUUUUCGUUACAACGCAGAAUAGCAAAGAUAUGGCAGUAGCAAGGGUCAGGAGAGGGCGGGUCAGGAUCGCGACGAUGGCUUGAAUAGUUCAUUCCUGGCUGUUCUCUCACGCUCUCCCUUCUCUAUCCCGCAUGUCCCUGCGAAUGGGACACCUUCCACCCGUGGCCAUCGACAAUCGUAAAGGAAGUGACUGUCCGAUACGAUGCAACAUACCAACACAUGGCCAUGGCCACGAUGGCCGUUGGGUGGAAGCGUGGCGGGAUAGAGUUUGGCAAAACGGGGACCAAAACACAGUUGAACCAUUCCAUCCCUCCUUCCGAUCCUGUGUCGGUGCCGGAAAGUGCCGGAAAGUCCCGCUUCUUGAGUGAAUGUGGGCGAAACCGUGCCGGGUGCCGUUCCACCCUCUUUCACCCUUGGUACAAUACCUGCGGUAUGGCAACAUUCUCGGCAGCAAGUUUUUUUUUUUUUUGAGAGAGAGAGCGAGAAAGUAUUCAAGUAUCCUAAAAAAAGACAACACACUGCAACGAAAAAAUUCAUCCUCGACUGUCUGUAAUCUCAUGUUUGUUUUUUUUUAUUAAUAUAUAAAUGUGUAUUUUUUAUAACUGUGUAUAAAGCAAGCAGAAUAUGAGCAUGGGCGGAAAAUUUCUAUUUAUAUUUAUAUAUACAAAAAAACCCAACUGGACAAUUUGACAAUCUUAGCACGUGCACGUAUAAGAAAGUGAAAACAAAAACUUACAACAAAAAAAAAAGCAGAGUAAAGUGAAAGUAAUGUGGAUACAGGUAUAAAUUUUCCGUCUUCAUGAGAUCAUCUUAUAUGUAAAAGCUAUCCAGCACAAAAGUAGCGAUGCAAAAUAAAAGAAACUAAAAAAAACAA